UGUAUUAUGCAUGCAUGGUACUUCCUGUUUCGUAAAUCUAUGAUGUCACUAAUUAUUUUUAUCAAGUGCAGUGCGCGUACGUUACUGAUGCAUUAUUAUCAUCACGUGCCUGUAACUGACUGAUCUGACUCUUGAAGCUGUAAGAAAAGACCUCGGAAAAGACUGAAGCAAGAGUGAAUAUGGGCAAUGUACAAUCAAGAUGUGAUUUUUCGGAAGUAGAUGAGUUGGAAAAAAAGAUUCAAUCAUUGCGUAGCCAUGCUCUGAAAACAAUUGAUGACUCCCAUAAAAGACAUGGCAAAGGAGGAGGUUCAUGCAUUAAUGAUAAAAGACUACAAUUAUUCCUUCAUCAAAUCAAGAACAAGAUGUUACUGGUAGCUGUAGUGGGGGAAGGCAGUUGUGGUAAAAGUACUCUUAUUAAUGCUUUCCUAAGAGACAAAAUCUUACCAUCAGGAAUUGGAAAAGUUACUGGUUUCAGGAUGUUUAUUGGGCAUGAUCCAAAUGUUCAUAAAGGUCCUUGUGAAAGCUUUACUGGGCACUGUGAUAAAUGUCCAUAUUUGGUCAGACAGAUUGGAGCAAGUGAUAAGUUGUGCCAUGGAGUAAAGGAUAUUAAAUCGAAAAUUACAGAAAAGAACAAGAAAGAUAAGGAUCAGAAGGAAACCUUUGUUCUCUAUACUUACAUUCCAGUAUUUGAUUCAUUGAGCUCAUCAACUGAGUGUACACCUUACCUUGUGGACUCUCCUGGAGUAGAAGUUAUCAAUGACGAUGUUAAGUCAUACUACAGCAUACUGUCUGCUAUGAUUUAUGUUGAGAACUACGUAAGACUCUUGCAAAAUGAAGAUAACAUAAAGAAAGAGUUAGGUUGCAAGCCAGAAAAUGCAUCAUUAUUUUUUGCUGUGAGUCAUUUUGACAAAUACUACACAUCGCAUGCUGAUGAGCUAAAUCCUAAUGGAGAGGAAACUAAAGUUAUAGUUGAACGUAAUAUUGAGCUGGUUAGACGUGAAGAAGUAUUUCCUGUUUGUGGUUUAUGGGCUCUACAUGCACACCUUGCAAUGAAGUAUAAGGAAAGAGAUCAGAUGUCAUAUAGUGUUAUUGAAGAGGCUUACAGAAAGGUAUCUGGAGAGGAAAGUUUGGAUAAUAAAGCUUCGUUUGUUUUGGAAACUUCAGCAUUUAAAGAAUUAGAAGAAAAAUUGAAAUGUUUGAUUAAUGAAACAAACUUUCACCAAUGGAAUAUCAUGAUGUACAAACAAUGCCAAGCACUUUUAGAAGGUCCUAUUCGAGCAGGAGAUACUGCUUUACUUAUCAUUGAGUCUAAAAUAAAUGAAAGCUUUAGAAAUGUAGAAAGAAUAAAGGUAAAAAUUGAAGUUUUAAAAAAUUUGGAAGAAGGUGUUCAAAAAUAUGCUUCAGAAGAAUUGGAACAAAAUAUACAACAAUUGUCAUCUAUUUUCUUUACGACAAGAGUAUCUCCAAAAAUUGAAGAAAAAAUGACAUCAUUUUAUAGUGGCUGCAUAAACUCUGCAAAUAAUGAUUAUACAUUCGGUCAAUACUUGAAAGGCUGGGAUGAGUUUAGUAAACAAGAUCUUUCUGAUCUAAUUAAGCAAGAGCUAGAUGAUGAAACAAGAAAAUGUGUUGAACAUUUAGAAUUCAAGCUUCGAGAAAAAUAUAAGAAUUUGAUAAGGCAUAUACUAGAUCAUGAUUCUCAGAGAACAACUUUCACUGUAGAAGCUGAAAUCCAAAAAACUGGUUUUUUAAUUGGUGAGCCUUCUGAGGACAUAAGGAGUUUUGUCAAUGAUAGAACUAAAAUGAGAAAAUGGUGGCACAUUGGAUGGGGAACAUUUACUGGAGUGGCUGGUGUUACUGUAGCAGUUUUAGCAGCACCAUUUGCUGGGCUGGGACUGGGUCUGGGUCUGAGUGCAAUCGCCCUUUAUAAUGUAUUUAGCACCACAGAUCAAAAUAUGAAACUUAGUAAAGAAGAUGUCAAAAAAUUAAAUGACAAAAUGAAAUGUGAGAUAAAAAAAACUUGUGAAAGCAAAUUAUUAUUUAGUGCUACACAGGCUAUAAAAGAUACACUGAGAGACUACAAUAAAUCACUGAAGGCUCAAUAUGAUAAGGAAUGGGGGUUAAAACUUAAUAAAGAUUUGCUUAAAGCUCAGAGCUUAUCAACAAGUAUAUGUGAGGAAAAGAGUAAGUUGACACAAGCACUUGAUGAACUGAAGGAAUACAGUGAUACUCUUCAAGGUUUGGUCGAUGCAAGCUACACAACUGGAGAUGAUGAUUAUUUUAUAAUUUGAUUAGCUCAGUCUCUGAUAAGCUGUGCACUUUGUACUUUAGUAGUUAAAAGCUUAUAAUUGAUUGCGCAUGUAAUUUAUAGUUAUAAUCCUAAAAGUUCAUUUCAACCGUAUGAUGAAUAUCAA